AAAGAAUCUGAUAAAUUGCUUCUUUAUUCUUCACAGUUCAAUAAGUCUCAGCUCCAAAUCGAUUAGAUUCCUCCGUUGCUCAAUUUCCCCGCGACUUCUCCACCGGAAUUCUCCAUUUCCGGUUUUUGAUGAGUUAUAGUUGAAGGUUGCUUCACUUUUGGUAAUCUGUGGGAAAUGAGUGUUCAGUGAUGAAGAAAGUGAAGAGAAAGCUUGGGAAGUAUGAAGUUGGCAGAACUAUUGGUGAAGGGACAUUUGCCAAAGUUAAGUUUGCACGAAACACCGAGACUGGAGAGAAUGUUGCCAUUAAAGUCUUGGCCAAAAGUACCAUUCUUAAACAUAGAAUGGUUGAACAGAUCAAAAGAGAAAUAUCUAUAAUGAAGAUUGUCAGACAUCCUUGCAUAGUUCAGCUUCACGAGGUUUUAGCUAGCCAGACAAAAAUAUAUAUCAUUCAGGAGUUUGUCACUGGAGGAGAGCUUUUUGAUAAAAUUGUUCAUCUAGGUAGGCUUUCUGAGGAUGAAGCAAGGAGAUACUUCCAACAACUCAUAGAUGCAAUUGCUCACUGUCACAGCAAGGGUGUUUACCACAGAGAUCUGAAGCCUGAAAAUUUGCUUCUUGAUUUCCAAGGGAACUUAAAAAUUUCUGACUUUGGGCUUAGUGCAUUGCCUCAACAAGGAGUCGAGCUCCUCUAUACCACUUGUGGGACUCCAAAUUAUGUUGCACCUGAGGUGUUAAGUAACCGAGGUUAUGAUGGUGCUGCUGCGGAUGUGUGGUCAUGUGGUAUCAUCCUUUAUGUUCUGAUGGCAGGAUAUCUUCCAUUUGAGGAGACAGACCUUCCUACCUUGUAUACGAAGGUUAGAUGCAGUAAUCAUGCAUUUGUAAUGUGUUAACUGGAAGCAUAGAUA